CGAGGCCUGCGCCGACCUGCGCGGGGCGGCGGCCGCGCUCGGCAACAACACGCACCAGUGUGUCUUUGAUGACCUGAGUGGCUCCGUGUCCCUGUCCUGGGUGGGCGACAGCACCGGGGUGAUCCUGGUGCUGACGACAUUCCAUGUGCCCCUGGUGAUCAUGAGCUUCGGGCAGUCCAAGCUCUACCGCAGCGAGGAUUACGGGAAAACCUUCCAGGACAUCACGGGGCUCAUCAACAACACCUUCAUCCGCACGGAAUUCGGGAUGGCCAUCGGGCCCGAGAACUCCGGGAAGGUGAUCCUGACGGGGGACGUGUCUGGGGGCGGGCGUGGCGGGCGGAUUUUCCGCUCCUGGGACUUCGCCCGGAAUUUCGUGCCCACGGAGCUGCCCUUCCACCCCCUGGCCCAGAUCUCCUACAGCCCCCAGCGGGCAGAGCACCUGCUGGCACUGAGCACCGAGAACGGGCUCUGGAUCUCCACGGAUUUUGGGGAGCACUGGCGGGAGAUCCACAAAUCCGUGUGCUUGGCCAAGUGGGGUGAGAACGACACCAUCUUCUUCACCACGUUCCUGAACAAUUCCUGCAAAGCUGAUCUGGGAUUCCUGGAGCUGAAGAAAACCCCCGACCUGGGACGAUCCUUCCGGACCAUCGGCUCCCGGAUCUACUCCUUCGGGAUGGGCGGCCGCUUCCUCUUCGCCUCCGUCAUGACAGAGCAGGGCACCAUGAGGCGCAUCCACGUGUCCCUGGACCAGGGGGAUUCCUGGAACAUGGCCCAGCUGCCCUCGGUGGGACACGAGCAGUUCUACUCCAUCCUGGCCGCCAACGACGACCUGGUGUUCAUGCACGUGGACGAGCCCGGGGACACAGGAUUCGGGACCAUCUACACGUCAGACGAGCGCGGGAUCCUCUACUCCAAGUCCCUGGAGAGGCACCUGUACACCACCACGGGCGGGGAGACCGACUUCACCAACGUCACCUCCCUGCGCGGCACCUUCAUCACCAGCGUGCUGGCUGAGGACAAUUCCAUCCGCUCUGUGAUCACCUUCGACCGGGGGGGGCAGUGGGAGCCCCUGCGCAGACCCCACAACAGCCCCUGCGACGGCACCGCCCCCAGCGGGGACCAGUGCAGCCUGCACAUCCACGCCCUGUACAGCAUCUCGCAGAAGCUCAACGUGCCCAUGGCGCCGCUGUCGGAGCCCAGCGCCGUGGGCAUCGUCCUCGCCCACGGGAGCGUCGGGGGGGCCAUGUCCGUGAUGAGCCCCGACGUGUUCGUGUCCGACGACGGCGGCUACAGCUGGGCCCGGACCCUGCGCGGCCCCCACCACUACGGCAUCCUCGACUCGGGGGGGCUGCUCGUGGCCAUCCAGCACACCAGCCAGCCCCUCAACACCCUCCUGUUCUCCCUGGACGAGGGGCAGUGGUACUACCACCCAGAGAACCAGUCCCCAUUCCCUUCCCAUCCCACGGGAUCCCAUCCCAUUCCCUGUUCCCACAGUGAUUUCGGGUACUACCGCCCGGAGAACCAAUCCGAGUGUGUGGAGCAGCCGGAGCUGAAGGGCCACGACCUGGAAUUCUGCCUGUACGGCCGCCGGGAGCUGCUCCGCACCAGCGGGUACCGGAAAAUCCCAGGGGACAAAUGUUCUGGAGGGGAGAGCCCGAGCCGGGAGGAGACGGACAUGAAGAAGAAAUGCACCAGCGACCUGCUCAGCCCCGGGCAGCUGCUCCGUGCUUUCCUGGUUUUCCAGCAGGGAUCCUCAGGCAGCUCCGUGCCCGUGGCCCUGGCCGUGGUGGCCGCGCUCGUGGUGGCGGCCGUGGCCGGGGCUGUGCUGGUCAAGAGAUACGUCUGUGGGGGCAGGUGAG